CCUCCACCCCCGUUCGCAUCGAUUCAAGCGUCUCGAGCUCCUGCUCCGGUCAGUUACUACAAAAUGGCUGCAGAGCCUCCGCCACCGACGACGACUGACUGAAUAUUCACGUUGUGGGAAAACAAGUGAACACAAGAGGAGAAUCAUUUGAUGGAAGAUAAGAAAAAGAAAAAACAAGAAGAGAAAAAGAAGACAGACGCUGCUCAAUUAAAGGCAACCGAACAGAUAACCAAAGUGCCCAACUCUGCCAAACUCGACCCUGCCCCUCCUCUUCCCCCCGCCAGCCCCUGUAUCACCCCGUCUGCGUCCCAAAGUUGUGGCAAUGGCAAGUGCACCCCCUGUGGAGGACAGCCUCAGACAGCACAGCAGCCCCAGACUGUCCCACAGCAGCGCUAUCCAGCCAGAGAGGUGCCCCCACGCUUUCGCCAGCAGGAGCACAAGCAGCUGUUAAAAAGGGGCCAGCCCCUGCCCUCCGGGACCCUGCCUCUUAUCACCACGGGACGUCCGACCACUCCUGAUCCUGCAGUAGCCAUACAGCCUGCUUCAUCCUCAGAACUGCCUCCACAGAGCGGCCAGGAAGAUCAUUAUGAUAAUUCCCUCUGGAGACACACGCCAGCCAACAGAAGUGCCACAGGUGCUGUAACUUCUAUCAGAACCAGUGACUGGGAUCAACUUAUCAUUGACCAGAAGGACUCUGAGGCUUGGCCUUCUAUUAUUUUGCCUCCAGGAGGAUGCACUUUGGACAUUGAACCUGGUCACCAGACCAGCAAUAGCACUAAUAGUAGUAGUAGUAGUAGUUGUACAGCAAGUAUGGCCACUGGGGCCAACGGCCAGACAGGCCACUUUCCUGCCAACCAUCCAAGCAGCAAGGUCAAUACUGGGCCUAGUCCUACCAAUCAUACUGGAACCAACAUGCAUUCUAGCCAAGUUGCAGCCUCCCGCAGUUGGGGCUCUGGUCCUGGAGCACCCCACUGUCCUCCUCAGUCCUCUUUGGGCAGUGAAAGAAAAAGUGAAAGCCCUGUUCUAGGUGGAGGCAGCAGGAGCUGGAGCUCCUCUUCUACAUCCUCCUCCACCACCAACUUUAACUUGAACUUGAACCCCAAUGCCAACCCAUCAGCCUGGCCCAUGUUAGGGCAUGAUGCGGGUGGAACAGGGGCAGGCAGCUCAGGAGGGGCCAACUCCAUUUCACCUUCUCAACCUUCACCGAACCUUUGUAAUCCACCUGGCCCUCCAACAGCCCAAACCAGCACUUGUACCGGAGCCAACACUAACAGCAACACCGCGGGGAUAGGCAAUGCCUGGGGUGGCUUGAUGGUAUCAGAUACCUCAGAGUCACAUCCCUCCCCAGCAUCCACGAAUGUGUCUUUCAGUUCAGAACCUCAGAACCUUAAAACUGAUGGACCAAAUCACACUACUAAGCAGGAGCCUCUUAGCCCAAUUCGUAGCCUCCCUGGCUGGGACAGUGCACCUGCUGGAUUAGUUUCCAUUGGCCACCAGGGGGGCACACAGGUCAAUGGAGAAGAAGGUACCUCCCUGUGGAGCAAUGGCAGUGAAUCAAAGGCACCUUUACCGAAGGAAGCUACUGGCUGGGAAUCAGGUUGGGGUCACGGAGGAGGCGGAACAGGAAACACUGGAGGCUGGACGGAUCAGUCCAAUGGAGAUUGGGGAAAGCAGCACACUGAAGAAACCCAAGAUCAACAGCCUUCUCCUUGGAACAGAGCUGUGAGUACGACCGGUGCAAGUGAAGGGAGCAGCGACAGCAUGGAAGGGCAUUCCAGUGGCCGAAAACAUUCAUCCAGAGAUACUCCAGCUCCAUUGUUGCCUGCUCCAGAUCUGGACCCUCGGGUUCUGUGUAAUACAGGCUGGGGACAGACACCUGUUCGUCAACACACGUCUUGGGACAUGGAUGAAAGUAAGCGGAAAAAUGAUAGCACUGAAUCAUGGGGAUCUAUCUCAACCACUGCAAGUGAUUCUCAGGGGUCUUCCAACACUAACAUGACCCCUCCUCAGAGGGCUGACUCUGGGAGCAAAAGUGACGUUCCCGCAUCUCAGGGAGCCUCAGGAUGGGGAGGGACUAUGACGGCUCCCACUCAGCCUGGCUCUGGAUGGGGAGAGCCUCAUAAUAAUAUAAAGCUUCAAAGUGGUCCAAGUGGUUGGAGCAAUCUACCAAAAGUCGGUCCGCCUUCUAACAUACCCAAAAAUAGUGGUCAGUCUUUAGUAGAGGAGAAGUCUUCAGGGUGGGAUAAAUCACACAUUGAGCAAACAUCCCAGGGGUGGGGUGAGAAGGCCAAACCUACGCACAGUUGGGGCAGUAGUGGAGGUAGCAAUAAUUCAGGGGAAUGGGGAGAACCAGAGGAAAGCAAAAAGAAUACGGUCAAUCCCGGUUGGGAUGGAGAUGACAGAGGCUGGAAGGAGACUCAGAGGGGCUGGGGAAUCUCUGCUUCAGGCCCAAGUAUGUCUGGAUCUGGAGGAAAUGGGGGAUGGGGGGAACCAAGUUGCCAACGAGCCGCUGGCCCACCUCAAGGAUGGGGUGGGAAAUCGCAGGAAGCCACCUCUGGUAAUAUUGGAGGAGGUAUGGGCUCUUGGGGUGGUUCAGGCUCUGUGAAGCAGAGUGGGGGCUGGAGUGGUGGUAAACCUGAUUCCACGGCUGAACCUACUGGCUGGGAAGAACCUUCUCCCCCUUCAAUCAGACGGAAGAUGGAAAUAGAUGAUGGGACAUCAGCUUGGGGUGACCCUGGUACCUACAACAAGGCUGUCAACUUGUGGGACAGAAACAACCCAGGAAUGACCCAGGCAAAACCUACCACAGGAGGAAAUAAUCAGCCAGGACCCAAUAGCAACCACCCCCAUAAUCACCCCUAUCACAACCAACCUGCACCUUUAAUGAAUCACUCGCAGAAUGCUCCAAAUCAAGGCCCGAAUAACGGAGCCAUGGAUACUGUUGUGCAGCACCAGACCGGGCCAUCGCAACACAGAGGGCCACCUAUAACUCCAGGUUGGGGAGACCUACCGAACUCUCACUCAAAAUCAGAUAGCUCAUGGGGUGAACCUGCACCGUCUCCAAUCAGUGUGGACAACGGCACUGCUGCCUGGGGAAAACCGACAGGUAGCUGUGGAGGCUGGGGAGACGGUAACCAGGACAACUACGGCAGGGGAAACCCGAUGAUGACAUCUGCACCCUGCAAACUCACUCCCAAACCUAUGCAAGAUGGAUGGGGAGGCGGCGGCGAAGACCUCAGCCUAUCAAGUGGACAGUGGGACGCUGAAGAGGGAGACAUGUGGAACAACGCUGCUUCCCAGGAGAGCAACUCUUCCUGCAAUUCUUGGGGAAAUGUAUCCAAAAAGGCCCCAAUUAAGGGAAAGCUUCCCACCAAGCAGGAGGAUGCUUGGCUUAUGAAUCGUCUUGUCAAGCAGUUGACAGAUAUGGGUUUCCCGAGAGAUCCUGCUGAGGAGGCACUGAAGAGUAACAACAUGAACAUGGACCAGGCAAUGAGCGCUCUGCUGGAGAAGAAGACCGAGCUGGACAAGCGGGGGAUGGGGAUUACUGGCCACGAUUACAAUGGGCUCAUGAACAAGCCCAUGAACUGCCCUCGGCCUCCACUUCUCUCCAAAGACCCGUCAGCAGACCCACGCUUGCCCUUCAUGGACAAGCAAAUGCAGAGUGGAAUGUUUGGUGGCGGUGGUGGAGCAGCACAAGCCCGGGCCAUGCAACCGCCGCAGCCGCCUCCUCAGCCACCAGUGCCGCCCCUCAGCUCCUCUCAGCCGAGUCUACGCGCUCAAGUGCCUCAGUUUCUCUCCCCUCAGGUUCAAGCACAGCUCUUACAGUUUGCAGCAAAAAACAUUGGUCUGAAUCCUGCACUUUUAACCUCACCAAUAAACCCUCAACAUAUGACCCUUCUGAAUCAACUCUACCAACUGCAACUGGCAUACCAGCGUUUACAAAUACAGCAGCAGAUGUUGCAGGCUCAACGCAAUGUAUCUGCCCCCAUUCGACAACAAGAGCAGCAAGUUGCACGUACAAUCAAUAACAUGCAGCAGCAGAUCCAACAACACCAGCGUCAGCUGGCCCAGGCCCUGCUAAUGAAGCAGCAACAACAGCAGCCUCCCCCCUCCCACUCUGGCCUGCACCCUGGUGGGACUAAAUCCCCCAUGGAUUCGUUUCCGGGUCACCCCCAGGCACCGGGCCUCCCUGAUCUGCAGACCAAAGAGCCGCAGUCGUCUCCCAACACGUACAGUCCAUACACUCUCUCUGGAUUAAAUCCAAACAUGAAUGUAAACUGCAUGGAUGUGGGUCUGUCUAUGAAGGAUCCAAACCAACCACAGUCACGCCUGUCCCAGUGGACACACCCAAACACAAUCGAAAGCCUCUCUGGUAGUUCGUCUCCUCUAGAAUCCAACCUGAACAAGCAUGUGGCCAACCUAGGCCCGCCUGGCAAACCACCUCAAAUGGAAGACUCCUACAGCCCUUACAACCUGAUGUCCAGCGCUGAGUCUCCCACCAGCCCUCUGGUAGCUCCUGACAGCUGGGGACAGGGCAAAAGCACCUCUGACAAGAUGGCCAAUGGGACCAAUAUCAACUGGCCACCUGAGUUCUGCCCUGGGGUACCAUGGAAGGGUCUCCAGAACAUUGACCCUGAAACUGAUCCCAAUGUGACCCCUGGCAGCGUUCCAAGUGGGCCGACCAUCAAUACAAACAUCCAAGAUGUCAACCGCUACCUACUGAGAGACCGUAGUGGAGGCUCUUCACCCACUUCAUCUCAGAGCGAGGCUCUGCCUCCUGCCUCUGAUUGGCCAGUUAGUGCCUACACUAGCUCAUACAGUCUGUCGUCCCCGGAGACUGACGAUUCAGGUAAACUAUCUGAGAUGAAGUCCACUUGGUCUCCCGGCCCGAUCUCUCACAGCCAGUCCUCACUGUCCCAUGAGCUUUGGAAGGUUCCACAGGGACCUCGGGGCAACACGGCCGCUCCCUCCCGCCCGCCCCCUGGCCUCACCAACACCAAACCUUCCUCCACCUGGGGAGGCAACUCUCUUGGACUGGCCCAAGGUUGGAGCAGCUCUUACACAACAGCAGGUACCACGUGGAGCACAGACAGCUCCACAAGGACCAGCAGUUGGCUGGUUCUGAGGAACCUCACACCUCAGAUCGAUGGCUCAACUCUGCGCACGCUGUGCAUGCAGCACGGCCCCCUCAUUACAUUCCACCUAAACCUGACGCAGGGCAAUGCUGUGGUCCGAUACAGCUCCAAGGAUGAAGCUGCCAAAGCCCAGAAGUCUCUGCACAUGUGUGUGCUUGGGAACACCACCAUUCUGGCAGAGUUUGCCGGGGAAGAGGAAGUGAAUCGCUUCUUUGCACAGGGCCAGUCGCUCGGUGGAACCACCAGCUGGCAGGCUAAUCCAGGCUCCAAUCAGACCAGGAUAGGAGGGAGCGGGUCCGGAGCCUCCCACCCCCCCAUCGGUCACAACCCCCACUGGAACAACAACAACAACGGCAGCAGCAGCAGCAGCAGUAGCAGUGGCCUCGGAGCAGGCGGAUCAAAGACGGGCGGCGAGCUGCUGUGGGGAGGCGUGCAGCAGUAUUCCAGCCUGUGGGGACCCCCAAGUGGAGAAGAGGGACGGGUGAUGGGGAGUCCCACCCCAAUCAAUACACUGCUGCCUGGGGACCUGCUGAGUGGAGAGUCCAUUUAGGACGGAGCAAACACCAACAGGAAUACAAACCUUUCAAAUCAACGUGGAGAUAAUCAGUGUGGAAGAGGAAGAAGAGGCUCCAUCCUCGCUGCUCAUCACCCUCUCAUCCACCUGUUCUGAAGACACUUCGGUUGCAGUUUUUUUUGUGAAUCUCAGCGAGCGAAUCAAGUCAGUGUUCCGCCUUCACUUUUCAGUCAUACAGAAACUUUUUACUGCAGUGAACUCUUACGUGCAAAGUGAAACGUGUACUUCUAAUCAAACUGACACAACGAUGAGCUGCCAUCCUUUACCUUAUGUAAUCCCUCUCUGCCUACCGAGGCAGUCAUUCUGCACCUCAGAGACCCGUGAAAAGGCACCAUUCCCAAAGUGAAAACUCUUCAAUCAGAGCUGUCGUAGAACUUUCAGCUGUUCCAGAUUCAACGUUUGUUUCUCUCAGCACUAAAUAUUUAGCCUUAAACUUUUUUCCUGCCCUGCUUUCCUCACUCACUCUGUACUUGGUGAAGAAGCAUACGGACUCUUGCACACCCUUAUUUUCUGAGCCAGUGAAACCUGAGUGGAGAGUAUACAUGCUGCUGCGGCUUUACACAAGCGACCACAGCUCACGACUACAGUGCAUUUUUGCAAGCAGACAGAGUUUUCCCCUCACAAUGCUCAAAGGGAAUGAUGCAACUCUGUUCGCCUUGUUCAAGCCAUUUAUUUUUGUAGUGUUUUGUUUUGAUGAUUUUUUUUUUCUUCUUUCUUCUUGAACCAUUGCAGAGUUUUAUUGAUAUUAUUCAAAUGUGUCUGUCAAUCUGGUGAACGAGGAGUUUGGGGUCGUCACACGUACAUUUAUAAACGUGACGCACAGCAACGAACCACUGCUAUUACUAUGUAAAGACGAACACUUUAACGCACCUCAACUCGUUCGCGAGGAAACUGGUCUCAGUCUCGGACCUUCUCACUGAUGUUGUGCAAAACCUCAUGAUGUUUCCCAGCGGCGUGCAAGUCAGAACACCAUUUCAAGUGACGUGCAAUAUAAGCCACAGAUGCUACCGUCCACGCAUCCUACGAUGACCUCUCCAUGUGAGAGGAUGAGACUAUAAAAGAAUGAACUGUAGAAACUUUUACCCCGUUCCCUAAAACUGCCACUAUUCCCCCCCCCAUUGUCCUAAGAGUGUGUGAGCUCAGGAGAGUAGCAAGCUGGUCUUAAACCAUCUUCUGUCAGAAAUACAUGACAUAAAGCACUUCUUCAGCCAGCAUACUCUCCGCACUUAUGCCAGUGAUGAGUUUGAAUGUGUCUGUCUGUCUGUGUGUGUGCGUGUGUUUGGUGAGAAGGCAUUAAACCAAAACGAGAGAAGCCUUUUUUUUCCUUUUGAAGUUCCUGAAGACCUGCGCUCCCAAUUUUUUAUUUAUUUUUUUUGUCGUAUGAAGUUGCUGAAAUGGUCUAUCAUAGCACUUAGCCCUCAACGCCAACAAGGAAAUAGAAACAAGACUGAUGAAGCAAAAACUGUAAAGCAGUCCGCUCAGUGGCUUCUACAGUUACUUUAACCUUACGUGAUCUUCGUCGGAUCUUCCCUCAAGUUGGUGGGACCAGAAGGACAUGGAACACAGUAGCAAAAGCGAAGGGGAAUUCACGUGAUGGCCAUGAGCGCGUCUAAUUUCUUUGGCAAAGAAAAUGUCACUGCAAGAAUUUAGAUAAGCAGUUAUGUGUUUAUGCUCUGCUGGCUCUCGGAUGAGGGUCUGCCACCUUUUUUGGUUUUUCUUUUGGUUUCAUUGAAGGCCCUGCCAAGCUGUGUGAAAGUGUGGCCACUGAGUGCCUGCCUGCUGCAGAGAGCAGCCCUCUGCAGCAGACCUCACCCCAUCCUCCCCAAAAGACUGACUUCCCUCCUCUCCUUCCCCUGAGGCCUCUUGGCCUAGAGCAGCUCUUUCACAACCCACCCACCUGUGUUUGAUUACGACUACUGCGCCACACUCUCGGAAACUUCCACUCUUCUUCUCCCCCCCACCCCCCAUCUCUUCUGCGAGGAUCACUUUACCAGAGACGGUGUUUUUGUUUUUGUGUUUGCCUGUUUCGACUUUGUUGUCCAAGUGUUAUUGAUGCUGUUAUCAUUGCUGAUAUAGUCGACGAUUGUUCUCUGACUUCAUGGCUUUUAAACUUUGCAGUGUUCAGCUUCUCUCCUGCCCCUCCCACCGCCCCAUAGAUCAGAACAUAGCUUGGGAAAGCAUUCAGAUAUUCAGGAGUGAAAUUAAGCAGGGGAGAUUUUUUUUUCUUUCACAUAGUAAAGUGUUGGUGGACACACACACAUACACACUGGUGCUUUAUGUUUAACUCUGGGAGCACGCAGUUACACGUAGAACCGCCUCAACUUCUAAACAGCCUUCCAUUUCUAUGCAAAGACGAGGAGGUGUUCGUUCACAGCCAUCACCCAUAUCUGCCAAACGUAUAUAUAUAUAUAUAUCUCAACCUUUACAAAAUGGCAGCUUCCCUUCACGCCCCAGAAUAAACAGCUGGGGGCGCAGAAAGGAGCUUUGUAUUUUCAGAGGUCACAUCAUGAGUUGUGCCAACUGAUCAUUCAAGUCUACAUUAUAUCUGAUUUCAAUUUUGCUUUUGCUUCAAUGCCAGGCAGGGACAAUAGGUGCUUGAUUCUUAGCUAAACUGCGGUCAGAGGGGCAGGAGGGUCCACGGAUGUGUCUGUGCACUGUAAAUGGGUCACAUCGGGUACUUAGAAAAAACAACAAAAAAAAAAACACCAAAAACAUUAUUUUCUUUAGGUUGUUUUGCAAGAACUCCAAAGCUGAGAGGUUUGUGUUUAGGUUCGUGCCAACCCGGGUCCUAAUGGGAACCAGGGUGCCAGCAAAUAGAACUGGUCCUUGACGCACAUCAGGCUUUGAGGGGUCCCCGCUGACCCAAAUGUAUCAGCCGACACACACCUCAAGUUUGGUACUAAGUCUUAAUUCUUUCGGCCCUCUUCCAGAGUCGCCUGAGGCUUCAACAAUCACUACGGCCUGUUCUGUUUUUCGCUCAUCGAAAUCUUGCAUUUACGCCACACUGGAUUUAAAUCAAAGAACUGGCACCGGUGAGGAACCCGUGUGGGAGGACGGCUGACCGGGACGGACUCAGAUGUGCCUUGAAUUGGGGCACGGCACCAGCACUGAGAGUCCCGGCCCCUCCCACAUCUCCCACCUGCACUCCUAUCUACCUGUCUAGUGUUGGUUGUCAGAAUUGCUCCGAUGUGCUUUGGUUUACUGACAUGGACUUGUAGGCAACUGGAGCUGAAACGAAGAAAAAAAAAAGCGUCGCAAUCACGGAUCAGGAAAGGGUCUGUAGUGAAAUUAGCUGAAUAUGCACAUUCUAGCUCAUAUACAAGCGAGAGUACGUGGCAGGCAUCUGUGUGUGUCUGUAUAUGACUAGAUCUCUGUUUUCCACUUGACCUUUGCCCGACGUCCCCCCGUGGGCUUCAGCGCCCUCCGCGUCUUGUCUUUCCUGAGUGACGUAUUUCCCAGAAGUUCAUAAACAUAUCAGAGUAAUACAAAAUAAUGAAAACAAAUACUUGAAUCAAAAGAAGCGCCAACAAUGUAAUGUGAACACUUUUUGUAGUGUUUUUUUUUUUGUCUCAUUCUUACACUUUUUUUUUUCAAAGUGAAUUAAAUUUUAGUGUUGAAGACAAAGAUCGGUGAUAUAGCAAAUGUGUUGUAUCGAGUGUUUGCACAAGGCUGCUUGUACUGUAUGUUGUAUGAAUGAAUGUCUGCGAGUCGACGCGAGAGCUCGUGAUUACAGCGGAGCAACAUCCGCCUCAUGUUUUUGUUUUUCCUUAUCAAUUCAUUCUACAGUACUUCUGUUGUUUUUAAAUAUUGCUUGUCAAAACUAUAUUCUGAUGUUAAUUGUUACUAGCCUCUAGCGUUGCACUGAGUGUCAGCCUCACCCCUCAUCCAGCUAAAUGAACAACAUGAUACAAGUACUGAGGGGAGAUGGGGGACAGUUCACGUGUAAAUGUUUACUCAAGGACUAAAAGUAAUUUUUUUUUAAUGCAAUGUUUAUCUACCUUAGUGGCUUUCAUUAUGGAUUAAUCCAAGAAAGUAUGGAUCAUAUUUGAGUAUUGCACCAUUUCAGACGAUAAAAAAAAAGAAAAAAAAAUAGAAAAUGCCAAAAGAAAAAAAAAAAAAAAAAAAAGAAGUAUCUUGCAGACCUGUGGCCAUAGAUGUGGGUAUAGCUCUCCCAAAUCUGAGCAACGGUGAGAGUGAAGGACAUCAGACUGAGCCUCAGCUCACCUCAGAGGUGCCUACCUUUUUGGUUUGUUAGCUUUCGUUGUUCAUUUCAGUCAUUGUUUGUUUCUCUGCUAGGCCACUGACAGUUUACAAACACUUUGUUUAUUUCUGGAGUUCAAAAUCAAACAGGAAUGUUGGGCGGGCGGGUGUUUGGGGGGGAGGAAAAAACAAAACAAAAAAAACAAUGCUUCCAUUUUUCAACAAAAAAAAGGUGUGUGACAGAAUGAAGAUUUUAUCGUGCUACUUUGAGAACUCUGGGAUUGAACACUGUCGUCUUGUUCUGUUUAUAGACUCUCUGAAGGCUGUAUGUUUUAUGUUGAUUAUAUAUAUUUUCUUUAUAUGAAAAAGAGAAAAAAAAGAACAUAACUGCUCACUAUAUUGCACACACACGAAAAAGUGGAUCUUGUCUCAGGAAGGCCAGGGUUCCAGAGUACCAACUCCACAACAUUUUAAUGUACAUGACUCUUUUUUAAAGGAUGAUUUAAAAGAAACAGUUGUAAGCACUGAAAGUUAUGGAUUUUCCGAAGAGGGGAAAAUACCUUUUUUGUUUCUAAAUCCGUAGCAGUUACACGAUAACCAAAUAAUGGACUUUAAAUGGAGUGCUUUAUAUAUAAAUCUAUAUAUUAAAAAUUGCUUUACAUUUGAAAAAAAAGGUUGGUCAAUGAUUUUGAUUGUUUGGAAAAAAAAAGUGUGUUUUUACACGAUGAGGUCCCAUCCUGACGGAAUCAGGAGCAUUGUGCAUUAACUUUCCUCAUUCUGCCUCGUGCGGGUAUUAUCAAGAAUCAAGACUUUUGUGCAACAUUUUUUUUUGUCUUUUCGGAGGAUGUUUAUAAAUCGAGCUGGUUGUAAAGGAACAUGAAACUAUGCACAAGUGUUGGGAGGGAGUGGGUUGAAGGUGGGGAUUUUUAUGGCCUAAUUCAAAGCGGCUGAUCUGUUGCAGGGGUUUUUGUGAUCCAGUGUGUGUGAUACUUUUAUUUGGUCCCCUGAUUCAGAUUGACCUAGCGUUACAUCGCCAUGCUGUGUAUUCCUAAAACCAAUGAGCGUCUCACUCUUUAGCACUGUGGGAUUCUAGCCUGUUACCCUCGUGGGUUUUUCUUUUGUUCGGAGGGAGGGUUGGGGUUUGGGGAUUAGGGCUGCUUUUUGCCUUUUUCUGUUUUGAAAUAUUAAGUAAGACUUUGUAAAAAAAAAAAGAAAAAAAAAGAAAAACUGAGAUUUAAUGAAAAGUCAGUGGCUUGUAUUGUUUAUUUUUUUUUCUCUGUAUAUCUUUUUCCUCAUAGAAUGUGAUUGUAAAAUGACAUGCACCGAAACAAAUGUUUUCAUGAACUAUGGAGCUUCUUUCAAAUAUUAAUAAAAUAGCAUUUUUCUUGGCUGUAAAAA